UGACCAUAUGGGCAUAUUCUCUACCUCUGCUCAUCAUAUCUCUGUAUCUUUCAACAAUCAAGACUCUCUUCUCUUCUCUUCUGUUGAAGCUCUUCCCUUCCCAUCAGCUUUGUUUCUUUGUUUGUGGGAAAAUUCUGGUGUUGAAGGAAGAUGGGUAGGCAACCUUGCUGUGACAAAGUUGGGUUGAAGAAAGGUCCAUGGACAGCAGAGGAGGAUAAGAAACUCAUCAACUUCAUCCUCACUAAUGGCCAAUGCUGCUGGAGAGCUGUUCCUAAGCUUGCAGGAUUAUUAAGGUGUGGAAAAAGUUGCAGGCUGAGAUGGACUAAUUAUUUAAGGCCUGAUUUAAAGAGAGGUCUUUUAUCAGAAUAUGAAGAGAAAAUGGUCAUUGAUCUCCAUGCUCAGCUUGGCAACAGAUGGUCCAAGAUUGCAUCUCAUCUACCUGGAAGAACUGAUAAUGAAAUCAAGAAUCACUGGAAUACCCACAUCAAGAAAAAACUAAGGAAAAUGGGCAUUGAUCCUCUCACCCACAAGCAACUUCCUACUACUGAAACAUCACAGCCUCAAGAACCACAACAAGUGCAAGAACAGAAACAAGCACAAUCCUGCUCCACUAUUGCCAUGCCUGAACCUGAACUGGAACACAAAAAGGAAACAGAAACCUCUAUACAAUCAAGCAUUACCGAAGAAUCUAGGGUAGAGGAAGAUAAAAGCAUAAGAAGCACAUUUGAGACAAUGGAGCUAAUGAAUAAUGGGUUCUGCGUAGAUGAAGUUCCCUUGAUUGAACCUCACGAAAUGUUGGUUCCCUGUGCAGCUUCUUCUUCAUCAACAACUUCUUCUUCUUCACCUUCAUCAUCUUCCCAUGGCUCCAACAAUAACUUUCUUGAAGAUCUUCAAUUCUCAGAUUUUGAGUGGCCUGAUAAUGACAUCGACCUGUGGGGUGAUGACUUGAGUAGUUGUUGGGAUUUGUUAAUGAAUGACGCCGAUUCUGAUAGAAAGCAAGCAGCUGCUAUUGAUCACCAUCCCCCUCCUAUCAAUCAGUGCCCAAGAAUGGUUUUGGAUCAAGAAUCUUGGACGUACGGGAUCCUGUAAUUUCAAUAAAAAUUAAAAAACAAAAAAUGAAACGACCACUUGUGGGGCUUACUUGUAGCUUGUUUGUUAGUUGCUACAGACAAAGAUAAUAAAUCAAGAAUAUGGAGUAAUCCCAUGUUUGAUUUGCCCUUCUUAAUUAUUUCCUCUUUUUUUCUUUACUCCUUUAGAGGAGGAAAUUACAAUAAAGGUGAAAAUUAAAACUUUUCUAUAUCAAUCAAUUAUUUAUUGUUUUUGUUU